UGAAAUUAGUACACACAAGCCUUGCUUCCUUUUCCAGGCUCCUCACUGCAGAAUGGAGGGCAAAGCUCAGCCACUUUGCCUCCAUAAAUCAGUAGCCUCCGCCGCCGCAACCGCCGCCGCUGCACUACUAAUCUUCUUCCUUCUCCUCACAGGCUCUCAACCCUCCCAUUCCACUUACCACUCCCUCUUUCUCUCCCUCUCCUCCAACCACACGAUCGCCCAGCAUCUACAUGCCCUCACCUCCCGCCCCCACGUCGCCGGAUCCGACUCCAACACCAUCGUCUCCGCUUACAUCCUCAAAACCCUAACCUCCGCCUCCAUCCCCACUCGCAUUGUCCCCUACAACGUCCUACUCUCCUACCCCAUUCACCGCUCUCUCUCUCUUUUCCCCAAUACCUCCUCCCCGCCCAUCAAUCUCAAUCUCUCCCAAGAAAUUUACUCCGGCGAUCCCUUCGCCGACGUGGCCUCCGAGGUUCUACCGACAUUCCACGCCUACUCCCACUCCGGCACCGCCGUCGGCAGCGUCGUCUAUGCUAACUACGGACGCGUCGAGGACUUCGCUAAACUUAAAGCUAUGGGAGUGGACGUCGCCGGAAACCUAGUUCUCGCAAGGAACGGCAUUGUUUACCGCGGAGACAUCGUGAGGAACGCGCAGAUUGCUGGUGCGGUGGCUGCGAUACUAUACAACGAUGCUGAAUACAAUGGCGGGCGAAGGGCGAAGUGCUUUCCGGAGGCGAAGUGGAUGCCGCCCAGCGGCGUGGAGGUGGGGAGUGUUUAUCGCGGUGCCGGGGAUCCGACGACUCCGGGGUGGGCUAGUGUUGGGGAGUGCGAGCGGCUGAGUGUUGAAGAGGUGGUGGCGAGUGGGGUGAUGCCCGCGAUCCCAUCGCUUCCGGUGUCGAUAAGGGAUGGGGAAGCGAUUUUGAGGACGAUUGGCGGCCAGGUGGCGCCGGAGGAGUGGCAGGGCGGGAAGGGGGCUCCAGUUUACCGCGUUGGUCCGGGGCCGGGAUCAGUCAACCUUACCUUCUUG